AACAAAACAGUGUCAAAAGUAGGAUGAAUUGUGAAUGUACUCAAUGUUAUUUUUAAGUACAGACAGUUUUUUGAGGGGGCCAUGUCUCUAUGGGAGGUGGACUGAAAACAUGAACAGGUUUACAAUACAUUGGUCCUCCCUAGCUACAGUGUUUCUCUCUGGGCUCAAUUGUCCACUGUCAAUCAUGGUAUAGAAAAUAUCAAGAGGAAAAUUUCAAGAAAAGGGAGAAAAUGAUUAUGUAACUGUUACUAUAUUAUUAUAAUUCUUCCAUGUGAAUACUAGUUAGUAUUGUUAAUUUUUUGCCAGUCUAAUUUAUCAAUUUAACUAAGUAUGGUUAAGAAGUAAAUGACAUAGUAGAUAUGAGAUUUGCUACUAUCAAUGAUUUCUAAUAGAGGAUUUAGAAUUUAUUCUCAUGGAUGAGAGGGAACAUAUAUGACAGGCCAUGAUCUCUGCUCUUGGAGAGUUACAGUGUGUGUUCAGUUAGGAGAAAAGCUUGACUAAAUGGGUCAUUCCUGGAGCGACAGGUAAAAACAGCAAGUCCCAAAACUGUGUGGCUAUGCAAAGGUGAUGCAGAUUUUAAAGAGAAUAGAAAGGACUAGGGAAAAUAUCCUUCCUAACAAAGUUAGCAAAAAGAGCUGAACUUCAUUACAUGGGCAGAAAGAUGCAAGUGUUCCACUGUGUGCACAAUGGUGGGAAUAAAGAGAGUGCCAUAUCCCAGUGCACUAUAUUAUAUCAUAUGGUAUCUAUAAGUCUUUAUAAAUGGCCUUCCAUGAUAGUCUAAGAAAGGAAGGAGUAGAAGUAGCAGGCUUUGGACUGAAUUUCAUUCCAGCUCUGCCCUUUAAAAGUUUUAAAACCCAAAUUCUUCAUUUGUUUAUUAGGGUUAAAGCAUUAUUGUUUUGGGAUCAAGUGCCAUUAACAUUGUUGAACUUUCACAUAGUGAUUAGCAUAUGGGAUAUUUUUAAAUGAUGAUGUCAUCAUCAACAACCAAAAUCAGAGCCAUCAUUAGCAGCCACAGAGAUAAGACUUAGAUUUGAUUAAACCAGUAAGUUCUGCAUUACAUUACACAUACAUAUACGCUUGCAUUUGAAGAACCGGACACUUAGUUGUGAAGGAAAAGCUAGAGUUUCAAGUUGGUUGUUCAAGUCCCUGUUAGAAAUACACAUAGUAGCCAGUGUACCAGUGAAGAUCAUCUUCCCAGUGAACUCAUUUAGGAAAACUUUUGUGGUGACUCUCUUAUGAGAUGCCCACACUGUCUUCCAUACAACUGUCCUUUGCUUUUCUCUACCUCCUCCCAACACCAUUGCUUAAAUCUAUAUUCAACUUUCUCUUAGUAUACCCCGUGCUUGCUUGCUCCCCUACAAAUACUUAUUUUUUUCUAAGAACAAUAUUUCUGAAAAUGUUGAUGGAAAAGUUGCGUCCCCUUCAACUCAAGCUCAACAUUGCUGAAGUUUCUGGGAGGAAGGGGGAGCAUAGCAGGGAAACCCAGAAUAGGAGAAGAAAGGCCAUGGGCGAGCUGCAGGUCACCUGAGUCUAAAGAUAGUCUGGAAGAGGCCAUAUGAUGAGAACUUAAGACAGCUCUCUGGAACCUAUGCAAGAGCAAGCCCUAAGCAGUUUCACUUCCCCCCAGCAAAGCCUAGCCCUGGCCUUGUGGCCUGAGCCCUGGGGCUGCAUUUCCGGAAACCUAGGGCCACAGUCCCCAGGGUGGGAAGCAAACUGCAGUGCCACGAACCAGAAGAGCUCAAAGUCUGCAGGGGACGUUGCGAGCAGGGAGCCACCAAGGCAGUUCUCAAGCCUCUGGCUCCAGCCGCCAGCAAUGUUUCCUGUGGCUACCGGCACUAGGGGCAGCAGCCAGGACCUGCUCACUGCUGGCCCAGCGCCUCCAGGAAACGCAAAAGACAUCCUCCUGAUACAUGAAGAAGAUGCUGAGGAAUGGGCACUGUACUUGAAAGAAAUAUUUGUACAUAUUGUAGAAAGAGAAGCAAUCCUGUUAUAUCCCUUGUGGAGUUUCUCUUCUUCACAUUUGGAAUUGCAAAACUUAAAAGCUUACAAAUGUAAACUUCUGAUAUUAUCUAAUAGUCUACUUAAAGACAUAACACCAAAGAGGUGUCAGUUCCUAGAGAAGAUACUUCACUCACCAGAAAGUGUAGUGACCCUGCUUUGUGGGAUGGAGAGCUCACAUUCCUUCUUUGAAUUAUUAAACGUUCCCAGAAGCAGGUGGGAGAUCUCAACAGAGCAAGAGCCUGAGGACUACAUCUCUGUUGUCAGACAAAUCUUAUACACAGGUUAUGAAGACUAUCUUGAGGUCAGCAUUCCAACAGAGCCAAGAGCAAAACAUUCUGAGGAGACAAGUGGACAGGAGAAAACUGAUGACCAAGAAGCUUCUGGAGUGUCUGUACCUCUGGCCCUGGUACUGCCUGAGGAAAUUCCAUGUGAGAAUCCUGGUGAGAUAUUCAUUCUGUUGAAAGAUGAACUGAUGGGUGAAAUUCUAGAAGUUGAAUUUAUAUCAGACAACAAGUGCCUCAGAACACGGCCAGCACGCUGGAGUAAGAGUGUCUGGUGUCUGAAAGCAGCAGAUUUUCCUCCUGGUUCAGUCACUGUGAACAUUCACUGUGAUGGAAUCAUCAAGGCCACAACAGAAAUCAAAUACUGUUCAGCAGCAAAAGCCACAGAAAGUCCGUUUAGAAUGUCAGAACCGGGCAAGAGUUUAGACCAGAAAGGCAUUGAAGAGCUUGAUGGUGUUCUCGCUUCUAUAUUCAAGCAUGAGAUACCAUAUUAUGAAUUCAAACCUCUCCAAACUGAAACUUACCCUCAAAAAGAAUAUACUCACACCAGAGAGCUCCCAACACUCCUCCACUGUGCAGCAAAGUUUGGCUUAAAGCAUCUGGCUCUUCACCUUCUACAGUGCUCAGGGGCAACCUGGGCAGCCGGAACAAAGAAUACGGAUGGUUCAGACCUGCUGCAUAUUGCUGAGCAGCAUGGUCAUGAAGAACUUCUGAAAAUCUUUGAAGAAUUCAUGAUCCAAAACAUUAGCAAAAAUAAUGAGCAAGAAAAUGACUAUGAAGAGGAUGUUACCUCAUUUUCUACAAAUCCACCCUCUACACAGCCCCCAGUAUUUCAUCAUGAACUCGGGAAGACACACAGACGGAGCACAGACAGAUCUGAAGAAGCUGAAAGGGCUGGGGACAUAGGGGAGAAAGAACCAAGUGCUGAGGCAAGAGCCAGCCUGCCAGAGGUCGAUGGUGACAGCUCUGAGAAGCAGUAUGACGAUUUGUAUGUGUUCAUUCCUGGAAUUGAUGCAGAAAGCAACUCACAGGAGCCUCUCCCAUACUGCAGACCGCCUCUGCCCCCACCCCGACCAGGGACUGCUGCCUCCCAACUAGAAAGACCUCACCUCACCUCACAAGCAGGGAGGAUGAUGGAAGACCAAGUGGAAAGAAGUCAAAACUGGAGUUAUCUCAGUGCGAGACAAGAGACAAGAGAGGAACCCAGCAAAGAAGAAAGGAGAGGGGAUGAAGGACAGAAGGCAGAGGAGCAGGAGGAGGAGGAGGAAAACCCAUAUGCAUUUGCGGAGACUGAUGACAAUGAGUACGACAUGAUACUGGCCAGUAAGAGUGUAAAGAAAAGAACUGGAAAUCGCUCUUUCAUUAUAAAUAGACCUCCUGCUCCCACCCCCCGGCCCACUCACGUCCCUUUCAAAGAAGAAACGACACCUUACAUAGCUCAAGUGUUCCAACAAAAGGCAGCCAGAAGACAAUCUGUUGAUGAUAAGUUCUACAGUCUCCCUAAGAAACCAGACAAAGCUCGGAUAGAGGGUCCAACCUUCUCUAGUGCAAAAGGUUAUGUAACCACUGGGCAGAAAGAAUUGAUCCUUGGACAGGAAGAACUGAUCCUCCUGCAGGAGAAAGUCAAGAAUGGGAUAAUGUCUAUGGAUGAAGCUCUAGAGAAAUUUAAACGUUGGCAGAUGGGAAAGAGUGGUCUGGAAAUGAUUCAACAGGAAAAGCUACGCCAACUACGAGACAGCAUUGUUGGGAAAAGGCCAGAAGAUGAAAAUGCAUAUGAUAAACUCACCAUUGUGCACCAUCCAAGUGGUAAUACUACCCACAAUGAAAAUACAUUGUACAGUAGUCCCUUCAACAAUAAGCUUCCUCCUAGACUCCAAGUUGAAAAGGAAUUUGGUUUCUGCUGCAAGAAAGAUCACUAAAGAAGAUUACUGUAAUUAAACUCAAGAAUCGCCAAACAUUUUGAUAUCUGGAUGAAACAAGCCUGCUGGUGGAGUUUCUGAUCUGUAGGACUAAUUCACAUGUAGAAGGACACAAAGCAUGACUUUGGAUUCCAGAAUGUGUUAUCACCACAAUUCAUUGGUACCAUAGUGCUUCAGAUGGAGAUCAUUCUCUGAAAAUCCAUUCAUUUUGCAUUUUGCCAUGGAAGCACCUAAUUUUCCCAUAUUGAAAAUUAAAGAGAAGAAAUCAUCAAAGUUAAAUGCAGGCUAGCAAAAUUAUGGGACCAGACUAUAUAGAUUAUUCUUCCUACUCUUUGUCACCUUCAAAUAAAAAUGUGUUUUGUAUUUGCUUUGUAAAUGACAGUCCUCUGUCCUCCUUCUCACAUUUAAGCCAUAAUGUUCUUGUUACAUCAUGUUUCCAGAUAGCUUCUUUUAGUUAGUGCCUAUUUGCUUGUACCCUUGAAAUGUAUUUUUAUUGACAUUUUCCCUAGUUGAUGGUUUGUUUUUCAGUGUUAACCAAGCACUAUGCCACUGAGCCAUAUCUUCAGCCCUCUACAUUGUUUUCUGAAGUCAUAUUAAUGUCAACAGUUGAUGGUAUGAGCCUUGAUAUUUCAGACAUGCAUCACACAUUGGUUGUAUUCAAAUUCUGUAUUUUUCUAGAAGGCAAUUUUCUCAUGCCUCCCAGUCCCUGAGUUCUUACUAUAUGACCUUUUCUCAAAUUAAAAUAUAUUUUUAUGGCUUA